AUGUUUCCUUACCUUCCCCAGCGGCGAACCGAGGACCUCGCCAAUCAGCGCGAGGCGGAGGAGUGUGUGCGCAUUGCCAAGGAUUUCCUGAUGGCGGGCGACCCUGAGCGCUGCUGGCGGUUACUCAUCCGUGUCCUCACCAUCGACCCAUGCGUCCCUCGCGGCGAGCUCCUCUAUGUCGUCGCCACCGCCCUUCGCGCCGCCCAGCACGAGCGCCUCCCGUGCGGGGCCCCAGAACCCUACUCCGUCUUUGGCCUCAUCCCCACCGUCCCAGCCGCCCGCGACCCUGCCGUCAUCGAAAGAUACUAUCGCCGCGCCUCCGACGUGCUCAACCACACCGGCCCCUACGACCCGUGCACGCCCGCCUUCACCCAGGCCGCUUGCCUCGUAGCUGAUGCCUGGGCCUUCCUGUCGGAUCCUGACCGCAAAGCUUCCCUGGACUCUAGAUUCGAAGAGCCUCCACCGCCUCCCUCCCUACCCUCCCCUUUCUCCCCUCUAAGCCCAGGCGGUGGCACAGGCGCAUGGAUGCCGGAGGGAGCUCGAGGCCGGACGGCGGGAUCUACGGCGGCCUCCUCUACCCCGGCGGCGGCGCAUCGACCUCGAGCUCCCUCCGGCGGUGCGGCCGCGAGCUCCCUCCCCGGCGCAACAACGGUGGUGGCAGUGGGUGGCGGCGGGAGUGCAGCUGGCGGUGGGACAGUGGUGGUGGUGGCGGCCGCCGCCGCGGAUGAAUGUUUCAUCUUGAAAGAACUGGAGUCGCUGUCGAAGUCGCCGCGGCGGCGGGAGCGGGCGGGGGAGAAGAGAGGAGUGAGCGGGAAGGGAUGGAACUAA